AUGGAAUCUGAUCCUAUCAGCAUACUACUCUUGCUAGUAUUUGCAUCGAUAUUUUUAUUUAUUGCCUUAUCUAUCUGUGCUUACAAAUUAUUCUGUCAAAAUUCAGAAAGAAAUGAAUAUUCAAGUUUGGCUUCAGAUUUAUUGGGAUCCCAUCUGAAUGAUGUUCCAAGAGAAUUCUUAAAUGAUGAAGAAAGUUUGUUACAAUUGGCAGAUUCCUUUGAUUUUACAAAUUUAUCACCAGAAGAACAAGGCGCAUAUUUGAAAGGUCAAGAGUUCACCACAAAUAAUCCUCCUGAUUUUAAUAAUGUUCGAGGUAAAACAUUUACUGCUGAUGAUGAAAAAUUAAUUAAAGAAUGUGGAAUUGGUGCUUUUCAAUUUGAACCAGACCAUGAUGUUAUGGACCAACGUUUUAUUGUUGCUGAUAAAUGUGAAUUGAAUUUCCAUAAUAAUGAUAUGCCAUAUUCGACAGCUACUGCCGUUUUAAACUAUCCUCUCCCAGUGAAAAACCGUGUUUACUCAGAUACUGUUUAUUUUGAAACAAAAAUCUUUGAAUUUAAUAAUGAAAAUAACCCAAAUGCCCAUUUCUCCAUAGGUUUGGUUACUAAACCAUACCCGUCAUCUUUUAGACUUCCUGGUUAUAACAAAUUUUCUAUUGGUUAUGAAAGUACUGGUAAUUUGAAAAUCAACAAACCUUUCCCAACACCAUUGCAACAACAUCAAGAUGAACAUAGUGAAUAUAAUGCAUUGGUUUUACCUCCAUUGCAGCAAUCUGAUAUUGUUGGUUUUGGUUAUGUAAUUUCUACUGGUACUAUCUUUAUUACAAGAAAUGGUAGAAAAGUAUUGGAUGUUAUGAAGGGUUGUUUUGUUGAUUUAUUCCCUGCUGUGGGUUGUUUUUCAACAAAUGCUAAAUUUCAAGUUAAUUUGGGACAAUUGGGUUUUGUAUGGAUUGAAGCAAAUGUAAGAAAGUAUGGAUUUGUAUCUACAAGUGAUUAUAAGAAAUUGGCUGGUGAUAGAGGUUUAGCUUCAUUACCUCAAUACGAUAGAGUAGUUGAAGAUGGAGUUGAUAAAGUUUUGGAUAAAGGAGAAGAAUUACCACCUAGAUACCCAGAAGAAGAAUUGGACUUUUUUGGAAGAGCAGCAAAUGAUAAUGUUAGGGUUGGAUCCAGUGCUGUACAUAAUAAAAUGAGUGAAAAGAAUGAACUAGGGGAUGUUGAAAUUGGAAACGAAAUCAAAGAGCCAGCUGAAGGAAGUUCUACACAAGUCACUGAUGAACCAGAAGAAAUUAUGGACCUUAGAGAAAGAAUUUAUGAACAGAACAUCCAAAAUGAAACUUCUACUAUUGAUGAAUCUACUCCAUUGAUAUCACAAUCUAAUGAAGAUGGUAGCACUGAGUAUCAUAGUGUGGCCUCAGUGAAGAAAGCGGAACAAAAAUCUGAAGAUGAGCCUGGAUCAAAAUAUAUUAUAAUUGAAGAAGACGAAGAGCAGGAAGAAGACGUACAACCAGAAGUGCAGCCAACUAUCACUGAAGAAGAACCAAGAGAAGAAGAACCAAGAGAAGAAGAACCAAGAGAAGAAGAACCAAGAGAAGAACCAAGAGAAGAACCAAGAGAAGAAACUCCUUUGAGUGAAGAGCAAGCUGAACCAUCAGAUACUCAAGUUGAUCUUGAUCAGAAUAAGGAUAUAAUAGAAGAACCUCAAGUUGAAGCUGUAAAGAGUACAGUGACAGUAGAGGAUAUGUCAGUGCCUUCUACCAAUACCGAAUCACAGCCAGAACCAGAACAAUCAGGCAAAGUUGAAAAUAGAAAUGGAAAUGAUAGUGAAUCGCGUCCAAGUGAAAGUACUGAGCCAUCAAUGAGUCCAGAACCAGCAACAUCACCAACUGAAGGUAAUGAAGAACAGAAAUCUCCUUCUCCAUCUGUUGGUACUGUCCAGAAAUCGGCUCCUAAGAAAAAGAACAAGAAGAAGUCUGGAAAGAAAGGUGGAAAGAAGAAAGGCAAGAAGAAGUGA